AUGGCACCAGCUGGACAAACCACUUAUCAGAAAGACGAGCGAGUGCUCUGUUUCCACCAUGAGAUUUUGUACGAGGCAAAGAUCCUCGACGUCAGACACGUCGACCCCGACGACCGCAAGAGCCCGUAUGAGUACCUAGUACAUUACAAGGGCUGGAAAAACACCUGGGAUGACUGGGUCCCGCAAGACCGACUCCGUAAAUUUACCGAGGAGAACAGAGAACUUGCAACUACUCUUCGCCGUGAGGCUGAGGCUGCGUUCCGUCAGAAGAGCACCAAGGCCUCCGCAAAGAAAAGGGGAGGUUCCGAUCGUAGCUCCGCCCGGGGAAGCGAAGAACGCCAGCUGUCCGUUCCUGGCCGCGGAACCAAGAGAGCCAGGGACAACGAUAUUGAAAAGGAGGAUAGCUUUUAUGUACGACCAUCAGUGAGGAUUGUUAUGCCAGACAAUCUGAAGUCGCUUCUGGUCGAUGAUUGGGAGAACGUGACGAAGAACCAGCAAGUCGUGGCUUUGCCGGCUAAGCGCUCGGUUAAUCAAAUCCUGGAAGACUAUUCUGAGGCAGAGAAGCCCAAGCGCACAAGCUCGGCUGAUCUGGAUGUUCUUGAGGAGGUCAUUAUGGGAAUCAAGGAGUACUUUGACAAAGCCCUUGAUAAGAUCCUUCUUUACAGAUUUGAACGCGAACAGUACCGAAACCUCCGCAAGAAGUGGGAAUCGGGAUCGGGAGACUUCGCCGACAAAGGUCCCUUGGAUAUCUAUGGUGCCGAGCACUUGACUCGUCUUUUCGCUACCAUGCCUGAACUAAUUGCGCAGACUAAUAUGGAUCUCCAAUCUACUAACAGACUCCGCGAGGAGCUUUCCAAGUUCACUCUCUGGUUGAGCAAACACUCUAGCCAGUACUUUGCUACUAGAUAUAUGACUGCCAGCAAUGAAUAUGUCGAAAAGUCUAAGGGUGUAGCAAACCCCAAUCCUGGCACUGCUACCUCACGUUUGGUGUAAAUGGGUUUAAGGCUUCAGUACACAUUGACUGCUUUUCACACACGGUGACAUUGCAUGAUGGUAAAUUGUUAUACUUU